AUGCAUGAUACAGUUCGUUGUAUGUCUUUUGAAGAUUUGCUUAAGAAGCGGCUUCUGAGCGUCUGCGCGAUAUGCUUUGCAAUGCUGGUUGAUCGCGGCCUAGUGGCGUACGAAGAUCAGGUCUCCAAGCAUUGGCCUGAAUUCGGACAAAACGGAAAAGAGGACAUCACCAUCGAAAUGCUACUUGCACAUCAGGUAUUCUGA